CGAUGCUAUUAUAUUUGGCUGAUUUAAAGACAUUAAUGCUCUGGCAGUUAGGCGUCGAUGCUAAUGAACGGGCUCAAAUUUUGUGCGUUUCGCCAACAUCUCAAAAGCUUGGCACGCGUUCACAGCAUCCUCGCUUAGUCCUUUUGCCACCAAUAUCCAUUUAUUUUUAAAAAACUACAUUUUUGUGGAGGUUUCCGUGCAAUACCAUAGACAAAAUUAGGGAUGGACGCCUUAACCUCGUCUUCUGUUUGUUUGUAAACACAGUGCCUCUCUCUUUCAUCUGCAGAUGCCAAAUCCGCCGCCAGACGUUCAUUUCGUCGCUAAUGCUCGACCUGCAAUCCCGGAGCAGAAAACAUACUUGCUCUCAUUUAUGGAAAAGAACCCAGAAUUCAGCAAGGGACAAAAGUUUUCAGAACUGUGCCAUGCUGAUUAUUUGAGAAAGUGGGAACGUCUCACAGAUGCCCUAAAUGGUUUUCCUGGGGGGUCAGACAAGACUGUAGCCCAAUGGCAAAAGUACUGGGUAGACCAAAAGGAUCCUGUGCGGGUGCGCGUCAGGGCUGCACAUCAACAUUUGCAGCGGCAGCCGCGCGAAGUAUACAGAAAAACCCGCCUCACAUCCCUAUUGACUACCUACCAAUCCAGAGUUGUCGAUCUGAUGGGAGGCUGGAGGAACAUGGUGGCGGAACGGAUAAACUUGCUGGAGGUCAAUCCACUUGCCCCUCGUUUGAGAUCGAGAUCCUCCUCCCGCAGCAGAAGCAGAUCUAGAAUGAGGAGUCAGUCCAGGUCCAGGCAGGGCAGCCAGUCCCGAGGGAGAAGAUCCAGAAAGAGGAGGUCCAGAAGUUCCAGAAGAUCGAGUUCCAGAAGGCGGGACAGCCGAUCUACUUCAUCUGGCUCAAGAUCAAGAGGGAGGAGCUCUAGAAAAAAAUCGAAAUCCAGUUCCAGAAGGCGGCACCGCAGAUCUUCUUCAUCUAGAUCAAGAUCAAGAGGGAGGAGCUCUAGAAAAAGAACGAGAUCCAGUUCCAGAAGGCGCCACCGCAGAUCUUCUUCAUCUAGAUCAAGAGAGAGGAGCUCUAGAAAAAGAUCGAAAUCCAGUUCGCGAAGGCGGCACAGAAGAUCCACUUCAUCUAGAUCAAGAUCAAGAGGGAGGAGCUCUAGAAAAAGAUCGAAAUCCAGUUCCAGAAGGCGUAAAAGCAGAUCAAGUAGGGAUAAAUCUAGCCCUAAGUGCCGACGCAGUAAAUCAAGAUCCAACUCAUUGCCCAAAUCUAGGUCCCCAUCUCUCUAUUGUGACACACCACACUUAGAGAAUGAUAACAUGGAUUCUAAAGAAGGGCAGGUCUCCCCAGCAAGAGUUCUUGAAACAGCACCUAAGACAGCAGUCUCUUCUGAUGGUCUGAAAGGAUCAGCGAAAUUUUCUUCACUUUCAGAUGUUGCAUCAAAGAUAGUGGCCGCUUGUGGUGGUCUGAAAAAAUCAUCUACAACUCCUAUCGGGUCCACUAAACUUGCCAACCCUGGUUCAGAUGCUGCAGUAAAGACAGCGGUUUCCUCUGGUUAUCAGAAAGGAACAACUUUGGCUACGACCACAACCCCUAUCGGAUCCAAUAAAUUUGCCAACCCUGGUUCAGAUGCUGCAGUAAAGACAGCGGUUUCCUCUGGUUAUCAGAAAGGAACAACUUUGGCUACGACCACAACCCCUAUCGGAUCCAAUAAAUUUGCCUACCCUGGUUCAGAUGCUGCAGUAAAGACAGCGGUUUCCUCUGGUUGUCAGAAAGGAACAACUUUGGCUACGACCACAACCCCUAUCGGAUCCAAUAAAUUUGCCAACCCUGGUUCAGAUGCUGCAGUAAAGACAGCGGUUUCCUCUGGUUAUCAGAAAGGAACAACUUUGGCUACGACCACAACCCCUAUCGGAUCCAAUAAAUUUGCCUACCCUGGUUCAGAUGCUGCAGUAAAGACAGCGGUUUCCUCUGGUUAUCAGAAAGGAACAACUUUGGCUACGACCACAACCCCUAUCGGAUCCAAUAAAUUUGCCUACCCUGGUUCAGAUGCUGCAGUAAAGACAGCGGUUUCCUCUGGUUAUCAGAAAGGAACAACUUUGGCUACGACCACAACCCCUAUCGGAUCCAAUAAAUUUGCCAACCCUGGUUCAGAUGCUGCAGUAAAGACAGCGGUUUCCUCUGGUUAUCAGAAAGGAACAACUUUGGCUACAACCACAACCCCUAUUGGAUCCUAUAAAUUUGCCAACCCUGGUUCAGAUGCUGCAGUAAAGACAGGUGUUGCUUCUGCAAGCCAUCAACUAAAUGAAUUGUAUCUCCCUGCUGCAAUAUCAUCACCUUCUGGAUCCAAGUUCCUUACCUAUGCUGGAAAACAAUUCCGAAUUGUUCAGAGAAACCUCAGUGGUAAACUUUAUAAUGUAGUUCUCCCUCUAAACAAUAUAACAAAUUUGCCAAAGUCAUGAGUUACUGUUUAAAAAAUUUUUGAUUUUCUAAUACUUCCUGUGUACAGUAGUUGUUUCUUUGUUGUUAUAUAUUUUUUUUAAAUUUAAAUAAAUUAACUAUUUAUUGCUAAAUAAGUCUGUCAAUUUUGAGUUGUCUGUAAGAUUGUACAAAUUUUUUCUUUUGUACUCUAAGAAGCUCCUAUUAACUAAAUUGACAAGUUCCUGCAGGCAUGUAUUGUGAUUUGUAUUGUGAUAAGUAGUUGAGCUAACCCUGGGCGAGAAGAAGCAUUUCUACCUUGCUUCUCCUUGUCCGGCAUUAUCUCAACUUCUCUCUAUAGGUUUAUGGCCUAUCUUAUGCCCAAGCAAAUAUUUCACGAAUUUGCAUGUUCAUGUUAAUUGGCUAUAUGUGAUUUAUAAAAUUUAAGUUAACUUACUGAUUAUUUAUUCUGUCAACUUUGAGUUAUCUGUAAGAUUGAAAAAAAAAUUUCUUUUGUGAUUUGUACAGAGUAGUUGAGCUAACCCUGGGACAAGAAGAAGCAUUUCUUCCUUUCUUCUCCUUGUUCGGCAUUCUCUCAACUACUCUAUAGGUUUAUGGCCUAUCUUACACCCAAGCAAAUAUUUCACUAAUUUGCAUGUUAAUGUUAAUUGGCUGUAUGUGAUUUAUAAAAUUUAAGUUAACUACUUACCGCUUAAUUAUUCUGUCGAUUUUGAGUUAUCUGGAACAAGUUUUCUCUUGUGAACUCUAAGAGGCUACUAAAAGCUAUAGUGAAGUUCCUGCAAUAAUAGCAUGUACUGUGAUUUGUAUUGUGAUAAGUAGUUGAGCUAACCCCGGACAAGAAGAAGCAUUACUUCCUUUGUUGUUCUUGUCCAGCAUUAGCUCAACUUCUCUUUAGGUUUCUGACCUAUCUUAUGUUGAAGCAAAUGUUUAAUUAAUUUCCACAUUAAUGUGAAUUUGCUAUAUGUGAUUUUUUUAAAAUAUGGCAUCUUGUUUUGUUAAUUUCACUAAAUUUUAUUUUUGUGAUUGGCCCACCUUAUUGUUACAAGAUGUGUAUAAAAAAGUGUACGAAACAAAGGAGCCCAUGUGAACUCAUAUUAACUUUAACUCUUAGGUAAAUUCAAAGGUAAAUACAUGAUGAUAUCCAAUGUUAAAGUAGAUGAUGGAUUGAGUUUGAUGAUUUUUUUGGGCUGUGUCCACUAUGAAAUGCUAAAUUAUAAUAUAUUCCAUUAAGUAUGCAUGCUCAUUUGUUGCCUAAUAAGUAGUUUAAAAUGUCCAUGUCAAAAA